AUGUUCAGUAAACGCUGGGAUGAAGAAGACGAUCAAUUAUACUUGUCCAACGCACUCGGCUUGAGCGCUUCCCUGGCCCAAGUGACAUUACUUGCUGUUCUUGUGGUCAAGAUAUUGAGACGGGGAGCACAGGGCCUUGGUAAAGGUCUCAUUCUUCGCAGAUCAUACCUUGUCUCCUGCAUCGUCUACUUCCUAACAAACGUCACCGCGACGGUUUACUACGGUCUUUACUUUUCGGAUCCCGAGCGUCCGAUCCAUUCGGCCGUCCUUAUUAUUGAGCAAUUCGUAUACCUUUUCGCGACUUGCACCACCUUCUAUCUCCUUUACCAGCUAGUUUUGAUCUUUCGACGCCAUGACAUAGGCCGGUCACCACGCACACUGGGUCGCAUCCACGGCGUCUGUCUCAUCCUCAUCGGCCUAGGAUGCAUGUUGGAGUGGGCACUAUACACUGCGUCUGAAAUCAUAGGCUAUUGGACCGUGACAAACAAGCUUCGUGUCACGUAUGUAGCCUAUCAUUGGUGUCAAUGUGCCCGCGAAUUCGUGCAAUGGCUGGCAACAUCCGAAAUCCUGAUUUGGGCUGUGAUCGUGACCAUCCGAUCCUAUAAAAUGGAUCGGCGAAUGAAGUAUGCUCGUACCCUGCUGCAGCUCCCUGCAAUCUAUUUCCUGGCGGCAAGUCUUUCGUUCUUUGCGGUCAAUCUAGCCGAUGCAGUUUUGGCAAUCGACAUAGGCAUUGUCGCGUAUCUGAACCACAGCAUCCCAUCUAAUCGCUUCGCGAUCUCCAACGGAAUGACCAUGCUUGGUCUUGUGUGCUUUUUCAUCGAAUAUAUUUGCUUUCUGCUGUGCUUCUCACGUCUUGCUCGAGAGAAAUUCAUGGUGGAUUCUCUCGCUGACAGGGCGAAUACUUCUCACUAUCGAGUCGCAUCUCAACCUUACCCCUACGAGCAUAUUUCAGCUGAUCCGCCAAGAUAUGUGGAGCGGCCUUUCGAGCUUGAUUUUCACUAUCCGAGGGAACUUGAUUCUCACCACCUGAGGGAACUUCAUUGA